UUUUGUCUAAUAAUUAACAUUUGAUAUAUUACGUUCAUGCAUUUCACAACAUUUUUUUAAAUUUACAUUAUGCAUUUGAAUGUUUUUGCUUCCAUUCCUGCAAUGUAAUAUUGUGGUUAAUUAAAUUUGUUGCUAGGUCGGACAUGAUUAUUAGCUAUCCCUCGCAGGCUAACGUUAGCUUGUUUUAUUAGCCAUCCUUAGUAGCUAGCGUAGCUAGUGUUUGUUUACGUUAUGCGACAACUUGUUUUGAGGCAGAGGAAUUGAAUUGCACUUGUGACAAGUCAACGUUUAACCUUCGCUACCUAUAUACCAGAUAUAUUAUUUCAGCCAGCUUUUGCUUGUCCUAAUUCAUAUGGUUUAUAUAUAUAUGUAGCUAGCUCAGCAAGCUAGUACAGUACAAGCUGGGAAGGUACUAGCUUGCACUGCUGGGUUGUUUUCUUUUGACGCGUUUAGCCCCUACUGACAGUACUGUAACGUAACGUUAGCUUUACGCUAGGCUUGGCAGCUGUAGGUGUGCAGAUCGGGCAAGCUGUUGUAGCCAUAUCAUUAUGUCAGACGCGAACAGUCUACAAGCGGCGGUUUCUGUGUAUGAGAGUGCCAGUCUCGCGGUAGCUAUGGAGCAGUGUGCGUGUGUGGAGCGGGAGCUGGAGAAGGUGCUCCAUCGCUUUGUCAUGUAUGGUCACCAGUCUGAGGAGAGGCUGGACGAGCUCCUGCGCACUGUCUGCGAGCUACGGGGACAGCUGGUCACGUUCGGAGUACAAGAUACAGAUUUUUCAGUCCUGUCUCAAACCAUGGCUCAGUGUUGUAAGAACAUUAAAGAAACUGUACAGAUGCUGGCCUCACGACACAAGGACAUCCAUGGCAGCGUGUCUAAAGUGGGCAAAGCCAUAGACAGGAAUUUCGACGCGGAGGUGAGUGCCGUGGUGGCGGAGACGGUGUGGGACUCGUCAGAGAGACAGAAGUACCUGAGCGAGACCAUCGUAGAGCACCUCUACAGACAAGGCAUGCUCAGCGUGGCAGAGGACCUCUGCCAGGAGUCUGGCGUGGUCAUAGACAUGAGCAUGAAGCAGCCCUUUCUGGAGCUCAACCGCAUCCUGGAGGGACUGAGGAUGCAGGACCUCCGGCCAGCACUGGAGUGGGCGGUGACGAACAGGCAGCGUCUGCUCGACCUGAACAGCACCCUGGAGUUCAAGCUGCACCGCCUCUACUUCAUCAGCCUGCUCAACGGGGGCAUCGGCAACCAGCUGGAGGCCCUGCAGUACGCCCGCCACUUCCAGCCCUUCGCCUCGCAGCACCAGAGAGACAUCCAGAUCCUGAUGGGCAGCCUGGUUUACCUGCGUCACGGCAUAGAGAACUCCCCCUACCGCACGCUGCUGGAGACCAACCAGUGGGCCGAGAUCUGCAACAUCUUCACCAGGGACGCCUGCGCUCUGUUGGGCCUCUCUGUAGAGUCCCCCCUCAGUGUCAGCUUUGCGUCGGGCUGCAUGGCGCUGCCUGUGCUGAUGAACAUCAAGCAGGUCAUAGAGCAGAGGCAGUGCAGUGGAGUCUGGACACACAAGGAUGAGCUGCCUAUCGAGAUCGACCUGGGGAAGAAGUGCUGGUACCACUCUGUGUUCGCCUGCCCCAUCCUCCGGCAGCAGACCUCCGAGAGCAACCCGCCUAUGAAGCUCAUCUGUGGGCAUGUCAUCUCCAGAGACGCCCUCAACAAACUCACCAACUCCGGAAAGCUCAAAUGCCCCUAUUGCCCCAUGGAACAGAACCCAUCAGAUGCCAAGCAGAUCUUCUUUUGAUACCGUUUCCCUUACCGCGCUCCAGAGAAUGGCUGAACCUCCUCCCCGUGCCCCUCCCUUCGUCCGUACCCCCCCGGCUCCCUGCCAGUCGUCCCUAGACGCCCCUGGAAGCCAUCAGCCGCCCCUUCUGUGUAGAGACCUGUGUGGAUGAUCCCAGUCUGGGCAGCACAGAGACAAGGGGGUCAGUCCGUAUCAAAGACCGCCACAAGGAACACGACUCCGAAAAAGCAUCCCUCAUUGACACUCAUUUUUGCGACUGCCUGCAAACUGCUUACCGCCCCCCGCCCUCCAAGACAUGUACUGCUUUACCAUUUUCAUUAGUUUUAUUGAGUUAUGGAUGACUGCUAGUUUCUUUCCUCUCCUCCCCCAUUGGUAGGUUUUUGGACAGAGAAUGGGCUGAACGAUUAUGUAUGGGUGACUGGGUUUAAUAGCAGCUUGUUUCAGGAUAGUAUUUAAACUUCUAUUAUACAGAGACAGUUCAGAGAGACCUUUUUGAGAAAGUAUAUUCACAUAUAAAUUGUAUUGAUGGCUUAUGUGCUGGUGGAGGUUAAUCGUAGUAGCAGUCUAUUGUGAAUGAAAGACUUGGUUGGGACAUGUGAUGCGUCCCUCAGAUGUAAUAAAGGCCUUGACUGAUUGAACGUCCCUGUGGGUGAAAUUCAUCAGUUUGUGUGCUAGGCGAAUUCUCCGUUUAUUUUGAGGUCAAGGGUGAAAAGACUGAUCGUGCUCCACGAAGACCCUCAUUAUGGAAGCCAUGUUUCUUGUUCUAUGUAUGUAUUUAAAAAAAGUAUAACAAAAAAGGAAAAAUAUACUACUGUGAAAUGUGCAUUGUUUCAAUUUUCCAUCACUCAUGUAAGAUAGUAAAACCAUACCUAUUGUCAAACGCAGCACCGAUACGACAUGGCUGUGAAGUUGUCUGAGGACUGAGUUGGGUGUUGGGUAGGGUGUCCUCAACCCAUGAGCUCUUUAUCUCCUGGUUCCCUGCGCUGAUUUGGCCGACUGCAAGAGCGAAAAAUAGCGAGCUCCAAAGCUAACGCUAGCCCAAAGUGACUGUUCCGCUGGCGCUCUAAAGCUAACGCGAGCCUUAUAUGACUGUUCCGCUGGCUGUACCAAACCUAGAUGUAUAGUUCCUGAUAUCUCGUUGUUGUGGUCCUAGCCAUGAAAUAGUUAUGUCACCUCACGUCUGUGAGGCUUUGUUGUUGAGCGAGCUCAGCACCAGCCUAGCAACCAUGAUAUCACUCUGGUCUCUCAACAUUCACUAGCGGACAUUUACUUUUUAAAUGUUUGUGUCAGUUCACAUAAAUCAAGUUUGGGUUUACAUUUCAUUCAUGGGUUUGGUUGAUUCCUGGAUUGCUUACUCAAAAGAUUGGAAGAUGACAUUUGAUUUGUAUGGCCUUUCCAGCUCCUGGUAAUUUUUUCUUGUGGUAGGAGAUCUUGGAGGUUUAAUUUCCAGCUUUUGUUUUUUUGUUUUGCAAGUUUUAUUGUAAAUAUCUAACCCUGGACAUGUUUCAAAUACUUGCAUCAUCGAAAUAAAAUAAAACUUUAUACUCA